GUCCCUGUGCAGCGUGGCUGGCCCCAGAGCCGUCUGGAGGGCAAGGCAGGCUGGUCACUGAGGCUGCCAGGCUGUAUAGUCCGAAGCAAAGGAGAACUGUCACCUAGACCUGGACUGGGGGGAAGAACCAGCAUGGUGAGGACGGUACAGGGUGUGAGGAUUGUGGUAGAAGCCUUGUAGGAGAAUGCAAACUCCACGGACCACUCAUCAGGGCUAAAGAUAGGGUUAUUCCCAGCCGAGCCCGUCUCACCCUACCUCACUACCUCACUUUGCGAGUGUUGGAGCUGCGAGCUGGAAACCAGCAGAUCCUUGGUGUAUUUGCAAAGAAAGUAAUACAGAAGAGAACACAGUUUGGUCCUUAUGUUGGUCAACUGUCUACAAAACUGACCUGCUAUGAUGAGAGCAGGCUAGUCCUGCAGGUAUUGAAAGAUGGAGGGAAGUACUUUCUGGACACUCCCAAUGAAGACUGUGGAAACUGGAUGAUGUUUGUCCGGCUAGCCCGGAACCAAGAAGAACAGACCCUUGUGGCUUAUCAGCACUGUGGAGAAGUUUACUUCACAACAGUUAAGCCAAUUGAACCCCACACCGAACUGAAAGUAUGGUAUGCUGCCGAUUACGCCAAGUUUAUGGAAGCUUCCGCAGUCUUCAUUAAAGAAGAAUCAGAUGUCUGUCCUUUGCCUCCAGUAGCAAAAGAGCCUGUAGACCCUUGGAUAUGCUCCAGUUGUGGAAGCACUUUUGCAACUUUUGCUCUGCUGGAAUCUCACCAGUGCAUCCAUAAAGACCGAGUCCUUCCUACGAGGUUCAGACCACCAAAUAAAUUGGGACCUGUAAAAGCAAAAAGCAAACUCAAAGGGAAACUGAGAGGAGCAUCUUUAGGCAAAAGCAUUACUCAGUGCUUUGGGACCAUUUCCUGUUCCUCUGCUGCAAAGUUUAGCUGUGCCAGCUCAGGAAGCACUUGUGAUGCUCUCGUGAGGUUUAUACCUAAAUGGAGAAAUGGUCGGUCUUCACUGUUGAAGGGAAAAGAAGUGAAGCAGCCAGACAGUUACCCUUGCCGACUCUGUGGGAAGAUAUUUGAUUCCUUUGACAAGCUCACGGUCCACACUUACACGCACAAAGGGGAGCGCCCCUACAAGUGUUCACAGCACGGAUGCACAAAAGCCUUCAUUUCCAAAUAUAAACUGCUCAGGCACUCUGCUACUCAUUCUCCACAGAAAUCUCACCAAUGUGGCUACUGUGAAAAGACCUUUCACAGGAAAGACCAUCUAAAGAAUCACCUUCAGACUCAUGACCCUAACAAGAUGGCCUUCAAGUGUGAAGAGUGUGGCAAGAAGUACAACACCAAGCUAGGCUAUAAGAGACACUUGGCUCUUCACGCUGCCACCAGUGGGGACCUUACCUGUAGGGUAUGUGCCCAAGAGUUUGGCGGUACUGAGGUUCUGUUGGAACAUCUCAAAAGUCAUGCAGGGAAACCAGCUGGCAAUAUGAAGGAAAAGAAACAUAAAUGUGACCACUGUGAGCGUCACUUCUAUACCCGCAAAGAUGUGCGGCGUCACAUGGUGGUUCACACAGGCUGUAAAGACUUUCUGUGUCAGUUUUGUGCCCAAAGGUUUGGGCGGAAGGACCACUUGACACGCCAUACCAGGAAGACUCAUCCACAGGAACUGCUAAAGAGCAGGUUGCAGAACAGUGACUCAGUGGGUCUCCUUGACCAGCUUUUUCCAUACAGACUGAAGGAAGAUGCCAGCAUGCUGUCCCCUCUUCCUGAAAGGGUCUCUGUGCAGAAUGGUAUUGUGAAUAGUUCAGAAUCAGAGGAAUACAACUGUUCACAUCUUCAUUCCCAGCCAAGCUUACAAACUGCUCUUCCUCUUGAACCUUCUCCUCACUUGCAAAGGAUGGGCUGUGCAGACAGCCUUCCAGCUGUCCAUCCCACACCAUGUUCAACAGCCGUCCCUACCAACCUGAACCUUCAUCAGCCUAAUAAAUAUGACCUUAGUUCUACCUCACUUGCAGCAGGAUCCCUCAAGAAUCUACCAAUAAAAGUGGAUGUUAAAGGUUACAAUGUGCAUCUUCUCGAGGACCUGCCGUUACCAGAACCUCAGUCUCUUCACAAAAUCAGUAUGGAAGAAGCUUCCUCAGGGCCUGUAGGGGAUACUAACAAGUACCCAGUGCACAAAGAGACAGAGGCAGCAACUGAAACUACAAGUCUGCCUUUCAUGGAUCUCACUCAUGUGAUGAGUUUCUGGCAGCUCCCACCAGGGGACAACCAGAACACUAUUGGGGACUUCACAAUGGCAUUUGGCCCAGAGGAACCAUCACACAGGCUGAAUGGCCUUGGCCAACAGCAAGGUCUUCAGCUAGCAACUGGUGGGAUGGCCCUAAACCAGCUGCAUCAUUUUCCUCGCUCCUUUCCAUCCACUACAAAUUCUGUAACCUUGCCUCAUUUUCACCAUGCCUUCAAGUAACUAUCACCCUGUGUGGGUUUUUUUCCCUUUUUUUUUUUUUUUAAGACUGUGCUUCUUACUUAAAUCUGUUAGGAUGGGGUGGUUUUGGUUUUGUUUUGUUUUUAAGAAAAACUGCUCCGAAUGUUUUCAAAACACAUUAUGAACAUGGUAGUUAAAUUCAGGAUGUUAAUAAAUAAGAAGCUCUAUUUUUCAUACUACUAUUAGUUUUUUUAGCAUAUGACAACAGUAGAACUAACAUAUUUCCCUCAGCUCCCUCUAUAUUUUUGUUGUUACCUUUCAUGCGAACAACUGAAUAAAUAUCUUCAACAAUAGAAAAGUAUCAUAACAGGCACAAUAAAACUAUGGCUGCUGCAGUAGCAGAAAUAAGGUUAAGGUGAAUGGGAAGAAGGGGGAAAUCACAGAAAAAUCAUUUUAAUGAGCCAUAAAUCACAGCAAAUUUGUACACAUGGCAAAUGUAACAAACAGAUUAUCAAUAUCACAUAGAUUUCUGUUAAGCACUUAAUUAAUGAAGUUUAUUAAUCUUUAAUUUAAAUCAGAAUCAUUCCAAGAGUAAAUCUUACCUCCUUGUUUCACUUUUUUCAAAUGAAGAUCAUCACUAUUAUGAUUACGUUUAACUAGAUUUUGUUUUCUGACAUGCAGUUCAGCUGUGUGCAUCUCAUGCCUUUUCCCUUGGGCUGGAGGCAACUAUCACUUCUGAAUGACUGUGUAAGAACUGCUAUCUUGUAUAUGUGCAGUUUUCAGAAUGGAAAGUGAAUUGUCUCAAAGGUUAUAACAAAACUUUAGUUUUCAUUUAGAGCCGGAUCUGCCAAGGUAUCAGGCACUGCUUUCUCUCUCUCUCUAGUAAAGCACUUAAACAUUUGCUUAAAUUUAAGCAUUUUCUCCCACAGGGUCAACAGCUUGAUUAAUUUGACAUUUAAUAAAAUAUAAUGCUUCCUACCUAAGAAGCCUUUAUUCACCUUUUGUUGAUAAAAAUGGCCUUUCUUUAGUCUGGAAAAUGAUUAUUAAUUGUAACCAUCUGAAACGUGGGCUUUCAGAAAGCAAACCCUGGCCCAGGGGUGCCUGCGCCCAAGCAGGACCUCUCUGGGGCCAGGGGCAUGUCCACGCACAUAAGGGCUGUGGUGGUGAGCUGACACUGGGCCAGGGUCAAAAACAGGGUCAGAACCUGCCUCACAAGUGUCACCUAAAAUUAGUGGGUGUGAUAACAGUUCAGGCCAUUUUAAUCAUGGGAUUUUUCCUCAGUAGCACUGGGACAGCUACAGUUGGACUUCCAGCCUUUGUUUCUUCCAAACCAGAACCAUGGGGACUUCCGUUUUGUUUCCUGGGAUAAAUUGUCCAUGAAUAUUUCCAGUUGACAGUUUGUUGGUGUGACAGUCCUAGCACCUGAUGCAUGAACGAGCAGAAAUUGCAAAAAUCACAUUUCCUGAUAGAUGACAUUAUUAAAAAAAAAAAAAACAAACCAAAACCAACAAUCAGACUCUUCACAAAAUGUAGUUGAAAAAAAAUAAUCCUGGCAUUAGUGGAUGAUGCAGUGAGUAAUGGAUUCUGUUGCUGCUAAAACAGACACAAAAUUUCUGAAUCUGGGUAAAUUCUCAAACCCCAAGAGCUACUCUCUCAUUAAAUCCAAAAAGAGUUCAUAGUACCUAAUGAUCAUUACAAAUGUAGCAUGAAACAUGCAUGUUCUCUUCUCCCUCAUUAAUCAGAGAAAUAUUUUCAGACAGGUUCAAAUAAAAAGUAGUUUUUAAGUUAUUUCUGUUUUGGUGUUACUGAGCUACAAUGACAUUGUACGACUUCAAUGAUCUAAUAUUCUUAGAAGUUUAUUGGUAGUUGGAUUAAGGAAAGGUUGUAUUAUACAGUUCAUGCAAGAAUAUGUUCUGCAGAUGCAAUGCUGAGGGGUGUUUUUUGUUAUGAAAAUUUUUGGCAUAAGGCAAACCAAAAGGAAUCUUAAGAUCAUUCUUGUAAUGACAACAGCAAGAGGAAGAGCAGGCGCUGCAUAGUCACACCCAGUUAAGAGUUAUUUAAAUUAUGAGUUCCAGAACAGAGAAAAAGUUGUAAUCAAUGUUACAUGCAUAUUCUACAGCUUGGCUCUUAUUUUCCUCUGAACUUGGAAAGAUGUGUUUAUAUUCACUUACUGCAUUGUUUUCCUUGUUUGUGCAAACUGUAUUCACUUGUCUUCAUCCAAACUUCUGUAUGUACCUGUAAAAAAAAAACAAACCAACAACUAAAUCACAACAAAAAAAACUACUCAAUUUUGUAGCAUUGCCUGAUCAUAUACACAUUUUGUCAUUUUGAUUCGUGCUUUUGUAAGAGAUGUAAAUAAUUACUGAAGUCCUUGUCCUUGAAUUAAAAUGUGAUGUUAAGAAGGAAUCAUUAUGCAAACACUGAGCUAAAGUGGCACCCGCGUUCUUUCUGCUGUCUUUCAGCACUCUGUAGCAGAGUGCCUGAGCUCUGAGCUGUCAGAAGAGGUGCUGCUGCCUGAACUCAGCCUCUUCUGAAAUACAGAAUGAUAAGCAGCUGUCACCAAUGCGUAUCUAGCUAUGGGUUAAAGACCAAGUCUCAUUCAAAUAAAAUGAAAAUUACCACUUUUGAUGCAUUUUAAAAUGCUUAACAAAACAUACAAUGAUGGUGUUGGCAAGUAAAACAGAGAAACAAACCUUAAAUGUGUAGUACUGCAGCUUUAACCUGUCAGCCCAUUCAAGUUUCUUUUUCCAGAUUCUUGACAUCAUAAAUGUAGUGAAAGCUGAGCAUGUCCCAUCACAAAGGAAAGCAAGCUAUUUCAAAAAGUUAUAUUUUAAAUAAAAUUGUUUUAAAAUUCUCACAGCUGAAGAGAUCUAAUGAAGUCAUCUAAUACUGUAAGUAGGGCUGGACUUUCUCACCACUUUUGCUAGGGGGACCUCUGUGACCAUUUUUGAGAGGCCUCCAGUAGUUGAAACUGAAAAAUACUUUGUUUCUAGGCAAACAAAUAUUUUGGGCUCAGUAGACCAGCCUGGUGUGGGCUUGAAUAUCACAUUGCUUAAAGAGCAGUAGUUUCAUUUUGGCAGGGGGCAGUGCCAAGAGAAAGGUGUGGAGACAGCAGCAAGCUCACCUGGGGUUACCUGUGGUGUCUGAGGGGAUGGGGCUGCAGCAGGCGGGCAGGCAGGUCUGACUUCAGGCAGUGACAGGGGAGAAGGCAGCAAGAGCUACAGGACAUCUCUCUGGUGGCACUGCCUUUGGCUCAUGCAGGGCUGUGACAGUGGCAGUGUGAGGAGAGGCAACCUCACGUACACUAGGGGUAUAGUGGAGGAAAGCAGCAGCCCAAGCAGUGUCCAAUCCUCCCUCCUCUCUGGCACAGCCAAUUUCUCCGCUAAAUGUGAGAGGAGAAUCCAAGAGCAGAGAGCUGGCAUGGAGAACGUAAGGUAGACCAUGGAAUACCAGUUAAGAGAUGAAACAGAAAGAUCUGGGAGAUCUUAGGACAUUUUACCUCCCAUCCUAAUAGAGAUAAAAAUACUUUUUUAUCUAAACUCUGCUUGAAAAUCUGUAGAAGCAGAGCAGUAUGUGGUGAUAAAACAGAAUUACUAUAAUCAAAUGAUACUAACAAAUAACAAAAUUUAGUAAACAUUUGGUGUCAUACAAAAACGUGUACUCAUUCUACGAAAGAAAAAAAGGCAUGUAAACCUGCUGAAAUAAUGUCAAGAAGCUAAAAUUAUACUACAUUGAACAAAAGACUGCACCCUCUAUGUAAACACAAGUAGUUUUAUUGCUAAGUUCCAUCCUCUAUCAGAAACGAUGUUAAUUUCUUUUUCCUUCUAUUUUAUUUGCCAGUUUUUUCUCUUGGGACUUUCCAUUUUCUUCAUCAAUGAGCUGCUGUUAAUUCCAGAGAAUUUUGCACUGCCAGUCUGAACUAUGAUGUUACAUUCCAUAAAUUAAUGAUUGGUUCAUUUCUUGCUAAUGGAAUUUUUAAAAUUCUGUUCUUCAGUACACCGUUCCUGCCCUUAUAUUUUUUGUAAGCUACUAGAAACUAAGCUGUGAAAUCAAACACUUUUGUACUCAGACAGAAAAUAAUUGGGGGACACACACAACAACAAAUACAGUAAAACUUGCUCUAACUUUUGAGGAUUCAUUUAUUUUUUUGUUAAAGAAAGCAACUGUGGUAACAUUGCACAGGAUAGUGGGGAAUGUGUUUGGGGUUUUUUUUCCCUCUUCUUUCUGGAUUUUAAGAAAGGCUAAGCAGCACUGCUUUAGUAUAUUGUGGAUAAUGUCAUGCCUGCUGUUUCUAAGAGUCUAGCGUAGGACUUAUGUUUGCUUCAGUGUCAUCCUUUCUGUAUUUAUCUAAUCAUUAUUGGCUAAAGCCUAAGUAGAGUUUAAUUAAACUCUGUAAAGUCUGA